AAUCCCCUCCCUAUCGUUCUUCUCUCUCUCUUCUACUUCCAUCAAACCCUAUUCCUCCCCUACUUUGCUCUCUUUGUACUUCGGUUCAGACUCGUGCUCCUCGAAAAUACCACUCAAGGGUUUUGAAUCCGCGUCGGAGCUUAGGUCUUCUGCAACUGAGGGUUUUCGACACUAACCACAGAGCGCGACAACAGUUUUUCUAUCCUUCAUCAAUGGCGGACGAAGAUUACAAUGACCUUGAUAUGGGAUAUGAAGAUGAGCCACCAGAGCCCGAGAUUGAGGAAGGCGCUGAAGAAGAAUUGGAUACUAAUAACAAUGAUGAUGUUCUAGGUGAACCCAUUGAAGCUGAGGAAAAGGAAGAUGAAGAACCUGUUGAACGUGUGCGUAAAACCUCAAAAUUUAUGACUAAGUAUGAACGUGCUAGAAUUUUGGGUACACGUGCCCUCCAAAUCAGCAUGAAUGCUCCUGUAAUGGUCGAGUUGGAGGGUGAGACUGAUCCACUUGAGAUUGCAAUGAAGGAACUUCGUGAGCGGAAGAUACCCUUCACCAUCCGUCGCUACCUGCCAGAUGGAAGUUACGAAGACUGGGGCGUUGAUGAACUGAUCGUGGAGGACUCUUGGAAGAGGCAAGUUGGUGGCGCUUGAAUUUUGAUGUGUUUUGUUAGAUAAUUAGUUUCUUUCAACUAAAUAGCCGAUUUGUGAAUGUUGUUGCAUAAUUAUAUCUAUAUCUAUAUCUAUAAAUAUAUUGGAAUGGAACUUCUUUUGACAAACAUUUCUUGCUAUUAUAAACUAAGCAUGCCAUUAA